GAACCAACCUGUCAAAAAAUCUGACGGUUUCGAAGAGUCGAUAUUUGAAUUGGAGUCCCACGAAGUCCUCCAAUCCUAAUCCCAAUUCAACGACUCUCUCCUGAGUCCUGACCUGAGGGUCUGUCUGUCUGGUUUACUUGAUUCAUUGAUUCGUUAACUGAGAAUCGGCAUCAGCAUCAGCAUCUUAUCACCGCAAAUAUCCCGAUCCCAAAACCGAAGGGAGAAAACCUAAGCGAACGAUAUGAGUACUGAUCAAACCCACACCCAACCUAACAACACCAAACCGGAAGAUCCUCACUCUCCCGAUUACGCUCCUUAUCCUAAACUCGACCCCAACGAUGUUGUCCCACCUCAACCUCAACCCUUGUCUCAACAACCCAUGAAUAGUUCCAGUACACCCGAAUCACGUGCACCCAUUUCCAGCGAUGCUGCUACCACCAUGCCCAAGGAAUCCAAUCCCUAUGUCUCUCCUGCGCCGGUUCCCGCUCCCACAUCUGCUAAGAAUACUUUAGAUUCGGUGAAAGACGUUCUUGGAAAAUGGGGAAAGAAAGCAGCAGAGGCUUCCAAGAAGGCCGAAGAUUUUGCUGGGAAUAUGUGGCAGCACUUGAAAACAGGUCCUAGUUUUGCUGAUGCUGCUGUGGGGAGGAUUGCUCAGGGAACAAAAGUUCUUGCGGAAGGUGGCUAUGAGAAGAUCUUUAGACAAACUUUUGAGACUGUUCCAGAGGAACAACUUCUGAAAACAUAUGCAUGCUAUUUGUCCACCUCGGCUGGACCUGUGAUGGGAGUUUUAUAUUUGUCAACUGCAAAGUUGGCAUUUUGUAGUGAUAACCCACUUUCUUACCAAGUGGGUGAGGAGACUCAAUGGAGCUAUUAUAAGGUGGUGAUUCCACUGCAUCAGCUGAGAGCAGUAAACCCAUCAAUAAGCAAAACCAACCAGUCCGAAAAAUUUAUACAAAUUAUCUCAGUUGACAACCAUGAAUUUUGGUUUAUGGGCUUUGUGCACUAUGACAGCGCUGUUAAACACAUUCAAGGAGCAUUGCAGCCUCGCUGAUGCACAAAAGAUCGAAAAGCACCAUGUAUUAUACCAAAGAUGAGGUUUGUGUUGAUAAAUUAUCCUUCACAGAAACAUGAAAUAUUUUAUACCUAUAUGGUAGCCCGCUGGCGCGAUUUAUGGAGCUGUUAUAAUAUUGUAGUUGAAACUCAUACUCUGUUCAUGGUAUCUGUUUUACGUGUGUGACUUUAUACUACUUUCUGAAAGCGAAAAUCAAUUGAUUUCUUGUAAGUUGAAUGAGAACAUAGGCAGUGGAUUUACUUUUUAUUCUAUUAAAUUUUCUUUUUUUAUUUGUUUAUAA